AGCCUUACCUCAUACCUGUUAAAAUUGUUAUUAAGAGAAUUCAGAAGGAAGUCUUGGCUGUCAUUCUUGGAUUGUUAUUUCUCAUCUACAAGUUUUUUUGCGAGUAACAGUUAAUUAACAAUUUACAGUAGUUUAGUCCGACUGUGAACCGAAUAUUAUUGCGUCCUUCGUACCGCGCACCCCCGCAGCUGCACACCGUGAACGCAACAGCAGGAACAUGUCUCGGGCAGAAACUAGCCUGGAAGUGCCGCCUGGUCUUCCUAAUGAUCAGCUGCGCCGAGAACUGAAUAAGGUUUUCAACACACUCCGUGAGGUUCACAACCGAGCCAGCAGCCAUGGCAUAUCCAAGCGGCUGGCCGAGCACUACGCACAAGAAGCUUUUCUCCAUCAUGCGGACGGCGAAGUGCGCGUGCUGGUGGCCGCAUGCCUCGCGGAAUUGUUCCGGAUCUUCGUGGGCACCGCAGAUGAUGAGAUGUCCAGUCAGGGUGCUCCCGUGCAUCCCGGUCCGUUUCCCGAUCUGCAUUUGCUGAAGAAUGUCCUUAUCUUUUUCAUUGAGACCUUGCAAAAGUUCCUCUUUCGCUCCAGCCGGUUGUAUGCAUUGGCCUUCCACGUAGCGCAGACCAUGGCAGGAACGAAGGCGUUUAUGCUGAUGUUGAAUCUGGAUCCGGAAGAUCAGGAGUUUCUGCUGGAAGAUCUGGUGCAAAUGUUUUUCCAUGUCAUCGGAGACCAGCAUCGGCCCGUCGAUCGAAUGACAUUCCUGGAUAUAAUGAGCUCCCUCCUUGGCGAUUCAGGGCUAAUGAUAUCUCGCAAAUUAUUACGAAUAAUUUUGCAGCCAUUGACACCUGAUGCUAAACGGCAAAAGCCCAGCGCUUACGCAUUGGCCAAGGAGCUACUGAAGCGCAUCCAAAAAGCAGUUGAACCAUGCAUUGGCAGUUAUUUCACCCGGUUGACUACAUUUGACGAUGCUUCGGACGCUGAUGACAUCGUGGACAGUGUAUCCAGUGUCGUGCUGGAGCUGUUUAACAUUUCUCCAGUCUUGGUUACAUCGGCGUAUCGAUAUGUGGAACUGCAGAUUACUUCUGAUGAGAUGGAAGAGCGAUUGGAAGGUCUCCGUUUGGUGGGAGAAAUGUUUGCUUCGCCAAACUUUACGGAACUGGCAUCCGGCGAGAGAGAUUUGCUGUUUUGUUUGGCAUCUGCACGGCUUCAUGACAUUGAUGAGAAAGUUCGUCUGCAGGCUGUCGAAACGGCCGUUAAGUACAUUUGCAAUGCUAAGGAUGUGGACGAUGAACCGCGCUUAAAGGAGUAUAUCGAACUCCUUGGGAAAUCGUUGAUGGAUCCCAGUACCCGAGUUCGCGCGGAAGCAGUAACAGCAGUUUGUGAAGUGUGCCUUCAGGCUGUGGAUUUGAUUCCCAGUAGCGUCAUCGAAGACCUGGGGGCAACGAUUAUUGACAAAGAACGCACUGUUCGGGAUCAGGCUUUAACCGCCAUAUGCAGCAUGAUUGGAAAGCUGAUGUAUGGCACGAAAACGCUGCCUAGUGCCGUUGAUCCGGUUCCUUCGGCAAUUAGUUCGUUGUUGCCAGAAUUAUUUAAUCGCGUUGGGAUGAUUCCUGAGAGAAUCACAGCAGGAACGAAGAUACGCUCGAUUCUGCUACCACCGACUGCUAGCAGACCGGUCUUGGCCAAUCACCUAUUGUAUAUUUAUUGUUCUGCUGGUGACCCAGGAAUGAGGUUCAUUGAAGAUGUUUUCGAGCGAGGAUUAAAAGCUCGUCGAUAUGUGGCGGCUUUUGUGGUGGCAGGACGCCAUGACGAUGAAACGCGGAAGAAGAAUAAGAUCCUACUGAUAAAUUCGUUUCCUGAACUGGCUUCCGGUUUUGAUGACCUUGCACUGCGUUUGGCAAACGACGCCGCAUUCCGAAUGUCGGCGAUAGACGUUGUAAACUUGCAACACGAAGAUUUGAAGCUAGCCAUGGAUGCGAUGCUGGAAAUGUGCGGCAAAAAUACUGCUGUGCAGUCCGCAACCAGGCGAUUAUUCGAAAUCAUAUCGCCAUUUGGAUUGUCUGCGAAAUUAUGCGAAUGUCUGCAUAGCACUCUCGUGGACAUUUUAGACGGCAACAUAACCGCUGCGGAAUUAAUUUGCCGUUCCGUUGCUCUGCCGAUUCCACAAGAAGUCCUGCGACAGAAGAGUGCCAAAUUGAUCCAGUUUAUUGCCAAACGUUUUCCUGAUGGGUUUGCACGACCAGCAGUUUUGGAACGCGCUCUGGAACACUGGAGUGAUCAGGACCCGGUGGUGUCCCUCCACAUACAUCGUUUAUUUGCAAACUGCGCGUCGGAACUGCAGCUUUUUGAUCUGUCGUCAGAUUCCAGAUUCAAUAGGAAUGUUUUGGGAAAAGCCAUGGAACUGACUGCGCAGUCAACAGUCUCCUAGUUCCUCUCCAAGGAAAAUAUAACGUCCGAUGUGUUGAAGGACUGUCUCGUGAUAAAUUCGAACUCUUCACAGAUAUUUUGACGUGGGCCACAACCGUGCUCCAGAGUGAUGACCUUUCCGACACGGACCGCAGUGUCGCAGUUUGUGCUUUGGGAGAAUUGGCUAAAGUGACCGGUCGACAAAACAAAAACAAAGAAAACGGGCGAAGCUCUCCUAGUCAAAGUGAGACGCAGGUGCUGAAUCAGUUCAAGGAGGACCUUCUCAGUGUUUUCCAACAUACCGUGCUACCGCAGAUCAAGUUUGACCAGCUGGAGCCGGCGACCGUUGCCGACAAGGAUGUGUGGUUGGAGCGGGACGGUUUAUCGGGAAGCGUGGCGUUUGUUGUGUAUGCCAUGAAAGUGUUUGGAAAGUUUUGUCGGGGUUACCAAAGUUGCCUACCGAUGGAGGAAGAUGACAUGUAUCCACCGUUACUGCGAGAAUUUGUUGACAAACUCCGAGAGGGCGUCUUGGAAACAUCUCGGCAUUU